AUGUCUAGGACUGGGAAAAACGGCACUAUAUCAGUGCGAGCUCUGGAUGGCCCCAAAGCCAGCAUUGUGCCAGCCACUUUCAGUAGUGUCUCACCACCUGGAUAUACCAUUUUGGAUGUAGAUGCUAAUGCCCUGCUGUUUGUUGGAGGUUUAACUGGAAAAAUAAAGAAAUCAGAUGCUGUAAGAGUCACCACUUUCACUGGAUGUAUGGGUGAAACCUUUCUAGACAGCAAACCCAUAGGACUGUGGAAUUUCAGGGAUAUCGAGGGUGACUGCAAAGGGUGUGCCGUCAGCCCACAGGUGGCAGAUGGUGAAGGAACAGUCCAGUUUGAUGGUGACAGCUAUGCUGUAGUGAGCCGCCCGAUCCGCUGGAAUCCUAAUAUUUCCACAGUCAUGUUCAAAUUCAGGACCUUCUCAUCCAAUGCCUUGCUGAUGUAUCUUGCUACUGAGGACUUGAAGGAUUUCAUGAGUGUAGAACUCAGCGGUGGGCAUAUAAAAGUCAGCUACGAUCUGGGUUCAGGUACAGCUUCUGUAAUCAGCAACCAAAAUCAUAAUGAUGGCAAAUGGAAGUCUUUUACUCUAUCAAGAAUUCAGAAGCACGCCAACAUAUCAAUUGUAGACAUAGACACCAAUGAAGAAGAGACCAUAGCAACAACCUCUACAGGCAGUCACUUUGGACUCAACUUAAAAGGGCAUGAGAAAAUAUAUUUUGGUGGAUUACCGACUCUGAGAAACCUAAGUAUGAAAGCAAGACCUGAAGUAAACUUAAAGAAAUACACAGGUUGCCUCAAAGAGAUAGAAAUUUCGAGGACCCCAUAUAAUAUAUUGAGUAGUCCUGAUUUUGUUGGCCUAACCAAAGGAUGUACAUUGGAGAAUAUUUAUACAGUUAGUUUCCCCAAGCAAGGCUUUGUGGAAAUGCCACCUGUCUCCUUUGAUGUGGGCACAGAAAUCAACCUCUCCUUUAGCACCAAGAAUGAGUCUGGAAUCAUUUUAUUUGGCUCAAGCGGCACAGUUGUUCCCCCCAGGAGAAAGCGCAGGAACACUGGAAGGAAAACUGCCCCUUUGAAGAGAAAACGCAGACAGACUGGACAGGCUUACUAUGCAGUGUUCCUGAACAGAGGUCGACUGGAAGUACAUAUCUCCACUGGAAUCCAAGAUCCCCACAGGAUCACCAUCAGACCAGAAGCUGUCAAGUUUCAUGAUGGCAGAGCACACUCUGUGAGGAUAGAAAGAUCUAAAGGGAUGUUCAUUGUUCAAGUAGAUGAAGACAAAGUCCAGUCUCAGAGACUGCCAACAGACCAGCCCAUCUCCGUUAGGAAACUCUUUGUCGGGGGUACUUCUUCUCAGUUUCACACUGCGCCUCUCAGAAACAUACCACCAUUUGAGGGCUGUAUAUGGAAUCUCGUCAUUAACGCCACCCCCAUGGACUUCGCUCAACACGUGACCUUUGAAAAUGCAGAUAUUGGCCGGUGUCCCUCUCUGGAACCAGAGGCCAGGCCAUCAGAGGAAGAAGAUAAACCAAUUCAUUCAACAGUCCUGAUCCAACCUCAGCCAGAUGAAGAGAAAGAAACAGCAGAGACACCUCCUGCUAGAGGCUCUCCACCUCCUCCAACAUCUAUAUCGUCCCCACUUGACUCGCUUGCCGCUGAAAUGAAGAGUGCCAGCAUUACGCCUGCAUUUGACCCCAUGACGGAUUCCUGUGCUGCCGACACAGAACCAAGCAUUUUGGAAGGUGGCAAGCAAUUUGGUCUUUCAAGGAACAGCCAUAUUGCUGUAGCAUUUGAUGACACCAAAGUGAAAAACAGGUAUGUUAUUUUGAUAAUGAAUUUUGAUGAAAUAACAUGAAAAUAAAAUGCCACU